AUGAAGAACUGGUUAGGGCUUCACAGGAGUGAUUGGGGGAGUGAUUCCAACAAAAGAUCAAAAUUAACAAAUUUAGGCAAUACUGAGAGGAAAUUCGGUCAAACUGUAACUGAAAGUGACUUGAAAGCGUUUGAGAGCACACGAUUACCAGCAAGUACUGUGGCGAAAAGUAAAUGGGCAAUGGAAGCUUUUGUUAAUUGGCAUAAUUAUCGUCGCAAUAUGUUGUUAGAACCAGAUGGUGAAUCGUUCGAUUCAGAUGUGUUGAAAAUGUCGAAUGAGACUCUAAAUAACGCCCUUCGUCAUUUCAUCGUCGAAAUAAGAAAACAAGAUGACGAAGAGUAUAGAGGCCAAACUUAUUGUGGCAAUCCAAUAUCACCUUCCAGGACAACCAAAUUACCCACUUCACAAACCUGGUAUAACAGUACACCAAUAGGUGUUCACACGCUACAGAAACACCGCGCUGGAUUAAACGCGGCUUCACAACGCAGGAAUUGA